AUCAUUUCCAAAUCUCUGGUAUUUACAUUUUUUUUCUCGAAUUGUGUAUUGUUUCUUAUCUCUGUAAAAGUAUAUAUUUAUAUGUUUUUUUGUAUUGUGAAUAUUGUGUAGCCCUAGGUGUAAUAUUCGUCGAUGAAAUGUCUCAAGAAGUGGAGACGAGCCUGCUGGUGGUGGUGCUGGACACCAACCCGGGGCAGCGGCUGCUGCGAGAGAAGGCCCAUUUCCUGACCCAGUGCCUUGACUCCGUGAUCGCGUUCGUCAACAGCCACCUGAUGCUGAAGCCGGCGAACCGCGCUGCCGUGCUGGCGUGCCACAUGACGUCCACGCAGUUCCUGUACCCGGAACCCGGAGAGGCGGGGGUGGGCGCCUCGCUGCGGCAGCAGGACGGCCAGUACGAGAUGUUCACUCACGUGGAGCGCACGCUUCGGCACGGACUGCAGAGGCUGGCGCGCGGCGAGGCUGAGAGGCUGCGCUCGGGGGCGUCCGUGGUCGCUCCGGGGGACUCCCUGCUGGCCGGCGCCCUGGCCGUGGCGCUCUGCUACGUGCACAGGCUGGAGCGUGAGUUGAGCAGCGGCUGCAAGAUGAACUCUCGCGUGCUGGUGGUCACCGGCAGCAGCGACAGUGCAUCCCAGUACAUGAACUACAUGAAUGUCUUCUUCACCGCGCAGAAGCAGAGCGUGACCAUGGACGUGUGCAGCCUGGACCAGGAGCUGGGGCUGCUGCAGCAAGGCUGCGACAUCACCGGCGGCCUCUACCUGCAGGUCCCCCAGCUGCAGGGCUUGCUGCAGUACCUGCUGUGGGUGUUCCUGCCGGAGCCUCCAAUCAGGAGGAAGCUGGUGCUGCCCCCGCCCGUGAAGGUCGACUACAGGGCCGCGUGUUUCUGCCACCGAGAGCUCAUUGACAUUGGCUUCGUCUGCUCCGUGUGUCUUUCCAUUUUCUGCAAGUUCAGUCCAAUCUGCACCACAUGUCACACCGUAUUCAAGUCCCCGGGGCCUUUGCCGAUGAAAAUGAAGAAGAAGAAAAUUAAAAUGAACUAGCACCUAGCACAUAGAACUGUACAAAUUUUUUAUAUUUCUUGGUGUGAACAUUGUUCCCACAUGGUUACUGGUUAGUAGCCAUUGUUUCAUAUUGAAAUAAUAUAUGUAUACAUAUUAGUAAGUGAA